AUGGGCUCUAGUUACCGGUAUGCCGCUAAUUUGGAAGCUCAAGUACAUCUUGAUGAGGCUAAACUUCAGGAUAUGAAAAAUAAAAAAGAACGUUUGAAGUUUGAACGUCAACACAAUGCAAAACAGGAGGAGAAAAAAUUGAAAUCAAUAGCAUGUGAACUUAAACAAAGCCAGAGAAAGAGAAAUCGAACCAUGAAAAUAACACCAUACACUUCUCUAUACCAUUUUGUUCGGUAG